AUGAGGGUAGGGGAUCAGAUUCUGGAGGUCAAUGGACGUAGCUUCCGGAGCAUUUCUCACGACGAGGCCGUGCAGAUCUUGAAGAAUUCCCGCCACAUGCUGAUGACCAUAAAAGACGUGGGGCGGCUGCCUCACGCACGGACUGUGGUGGAUGAGACCAAAUGGAUUCCCAGUGCACAGAUCGCUGAGAGCUCGGCCAAUAGCAACGCCCAGAGUGUUCUGCCUGUUGAUGUUGGAGCAGGAAGUUCAGGAAAGUCAAUCUGUUGUAAAGGUGUUGUGCCAGCGGUCGGAGCGGUGCGCGCAGGAGCCUGGAGCUCACUGGAGGAGCAGGCGUUCAUGCUUCUGACAGAGACAGAGAGACAGACCAUGAGCUAUUACAUUCAAGAGUACCUGCGCGCACACAUCGGUGUAGAGCCUCUGGCCAUGGCCCUGUUUGAACUCUUCAACACACAUGCCAAGCUGUCCUUGCUGGCUGAGGUGCGGACUCUGAUCGCCCCGCAGGAUCUGGAGCGAUUCGACAAGCAGGUGUUACAUCGCGAGAUGGAAGCGUGGAGAGCUCGGCACAGAGGCCCGGGCCUCCUGCACCCUGACUCUAUCUGCGUCACCCAUUCAGAGGGCCACAUUCCUGCUGCCUGCCAGCUGACCACUGCAGUCCCCGGCUACAACAAGAAUGAGUGCAGGUUGGAUGGGAGUUUGAUGCCACUUGAGAGUCUUGAUUCUCUUCCUGAUGUUUCUCUGGACAAGGUGCAGCCGUCAUCCGAGUCACCCCCCUCGUUCAAGCCUCCCCCUCCACCUGUUCGACACGCCAGCCCUAAAAAUCAGAUCAAACAACCUUCGUCCAAGGUGUCCCAGACCAAUCUGCUCUUUACCGCCCCCUGUAGGCGGCAUCAGGAAAACCACACCCACAAUCACUCGCACUCGCCCUGCUCUGCUCACACCUCCCCAUGUACCAUCCACCACACCGCCUCCACCUGCUCUGUCCGUCACACUCCUCCACCCUGCUCUCACCAUCACAGCUCUCCACGAUCAUUAUCCUACCACGCUAGCCCUUCUUCUGGACCCCCAUGUAAAGAUUUGGUUCAGUUUCUGAUGAGCAGGCAGGCGGCGGUGCUCUCCCCACACCUAGAGUCUCCAAAUCGUUCUAGAGAGGGAACCCCCAUGAUCUCUCCACGCUCCUCUCCAUCGAUUUCGCCUUCACUGCUAAUGCCUGCGCCGCCCCCCUGUAGCCCUGAGAAGCUCGAGGGCUCCCCCUCUACACACAGCUGCGGUGCCGCCCAGACCAGCCCGCUACACCCCGAGCCAGAGACAACAGAGGAAAGGCCUCAGCCCCAACUACGAGGAGCCACGCUGUCCCAGCUGUCAGACAGCGGACAGACUCUGAGCGAGGACAGUGGAGUGGAUAUCGCAGAGGCUGGGGGGCUGAGUAAGGACAGCAGCCCGCGACCAGGUAAACCUCCGUUCCUCCAGGUCACAGGUGACACACGCAGAGCGGAAGGACUCGCACAGGCCUCCGCAAAACAGAUGAGAGUAAUGGAGCCUACACUUGUACGGGUGCCCAAGUGUGCCAGUACACUGGGGAUUGCUGUUGAAGGGGGUGCCAACACCAGACAGCCUCUGCCGCGCAUCGCGACCAUACAGAAGGGGGGCUGUGUGCAUAUCUCUGGACAGUUUCGGGUGGGUCAGGUGAUUCUGGAGGUGAACGGCGUGUCGCUUAAAGGCAUGGAGCACCGGGACGUAACUCGGGUCAUUGCCGAGGCCUUUAAGACCAAAGACAAAGACUAUGUCGACUUUUUGAUCGCCGAGUUCAACUCUGCUCUGUAGAAGUUGUCCCUUGAGAGUUUUACUAGACGCCACUGUGAAGACUUUACGUCACGUCCACACAGAGCGGCUGAAUGAGUCAUGCUUGUCAUAUCUGAGUCACAGUUAGCUUAGAGUUCAAAAGCUGCAACACGCCCACCUUACGUCUGUGUUCUCGCUAUAACAACGAGCAGCUGCCACACACCUUCACUGAACCUGUUCCUGGUAUGUUCCAGUGGAUGAUCUGCAGAGCCAAGACUGUUGCUGAUAUGUUUGAUAGGACGAGACCAGGGUUAUAUCAAGUCUGUCAGAUCUGUGCCAUAAACACACACACACACACACACACACACACACACACUACCGUUAAGUUUGGGGUCUGUAUGAUUUCUUGAAAGAAGUCUCUUAUGCUGUCUUAUCUGUGUAUAUUUUAAUAUAUUUUACUCCAUAUACAGCCACAUACUUUAGUCUGUGUUGUUACAUGAUUCUUCAGAAAUCAUUCUAAUAUGCUAAU